AUGCGUGCGAGCGAGCUGGAGGUUCGACUGUCGUCAGCGCCGACGUCCUCGGACCUCGAGGGACGAGUAAGGGCGUACGAGGCGAUCGCGAGAGAGGUGGUGGAUGGAUUGACGACGACGGGCGAUGCCGGGGCGUUCGUGGCGUUCGUCGAGCACGUGAGCGGAGACGAGGUGCCGUUGACGAUAUCGCGAGCGAUGAUCGAGAUUUUGGUCGAGGCGUUACCGAGGUUGCCUUUCGAAACGCACCGCGCGCUCGCGAGAUGCGUCUUGGAGAAGACGACGCCGCGCGUGGCUUCCUUUGAGCGACAGGUGUGGCCGGUGAGAGACGCGCUGGCGACGCGAUUGAUCGAGAACGACAGGUUUGAGGAGGCGGGAGACGUCUUGGCGGAGAUUGAGAGCGGGCCCGUGGGGGCGCUCUCGAAGUUGGAGAUCGCGCUGAAGACGACGGAUACGUACGUCAAGGCGAAUCGGUUGGACAAGGCGGAGAAGCACGUGAACAAGACGCCGAUGCUGCUCGCGGAGUGUCGAGCGGAGGAGCAGAACGAUGCGCUCAUGCGAUGGUAUCAUUCGUGCUGGGGGGGAAUUUUGGACAGGAUGGGGAAGUACAUGGACGCCGCUGUUCGUUACAAUGAAAUUUCUCGCCUGGACAAGCAGACGGUUGAGGAGACGCUGACGCGCGCCGCCGUGUGCCUGUUCCUCGCACCCAAGGGGCCUCAGAAAUCGAGAAUGCUUCAGACGAUGUACAAGGAUCAGAGUUACGCCAAUUUGGCAAUUUUCCCGUUCAUCGAAAAAGUUUACUUCGAUCGCAUCUUGCGAGCGAACGAGGUUGAAGAAAUGCGAGCGCUCUUCAGCGCGCACCACUUAGAGUCACGUGACGGCGAAUUAUCAUCGCUCCAACGAGCGGUGAUCGAGCACAACUUGGUUAGCAUGAGUGGAGUGUACAAUAACAUAGGUUUUGAUCAACUCGGUGAGUUGAUAGGCGUGAGUGAUGUCCAGGCGGAGAAGGCGGCGGCGAAGAUGAUUUCAGACGACAGGUUGACGGGGAGCAUUGACCAGGUGGACCGCAUCGUGUAUUUUGGCGGUGACUCCGAGCCGCUCGUCGAAUGGGAUGAGAAGGUGGUCGAUAUAUCGUUGAAACUCAAUGAUAUAGUCGACGAGAUGAAAAAGAAAGGAUUAGUUCAGGUAUAG